GUGCCAUCAUGUUUCUCCGGUUGCUUCGUAAAUAUUCCACCGCUAAGCUCGCCCAAGAUCUUCGGAUAUACGAUGGACGGCUUAAAGAAAAAGUUCCAUUACAAAUCCAGCUCACAAAACCGUACAUUUCGUUUUACACCUGCGGACCGACGGUGUACGAUGCGGCACACAUUGGACACGCGAGCUGUUACGUACGGCUGGACAUUCUGCAACGCAUUUUACGCCACCAUUUCCAGCUUCCGUUAAUUACCGCGAUGAACAUUACGGAUAUCGAUGAUAAAAUCAUCGUGCGUGCUCAACAGCAAAGUGUCAACUGGCAGCAGCUUGCCCGCCAGUAUGAGGAAGAGUUUUGGAGUGAUUUAAACCAACUAAACGUCCGUUUGCCCGAUGUAAAGUUACGCGUUACCGAUCAUAUUCCAGCAAUUUUACGCUUCGUGCAGACACUUAUCGCAAAAGGCUUUGCAUACACCACCGCUGAUGGAUCGGUUUACUUCGAAACUGGCAAGUACGAUCGAUACGGGAAGCUGCAGAGAAUCGUCAUCGAACCGGCCGAUACUGCAAAGCAAGGUGAAAAAAGACAUCCGGCCGAUUUUGCCCUUUGGAAAGCUUCAAAGCCAGGUGAACCAUGCUGGACGGCUCCUGCGCCGUUCCGUGAUGGUCGACCCGGUUGGCAUAUUGAGUGUUCUACCCUGGCAAGCCAUCUGUUUGGCAGCCAGCUAGAUUUCCAUGCGGGUGGACUCGAUCUACGUUUUCCACACCACGAGAACGAGGAAACGCAAAGCUGUUGCUAUCACGACGUACUGGACUGGGUGACACACUGGCUCCAUACCGGUCAACUACACCUCGAAGGGCAAACGCAUAAAAUGUCCAAAUCACUGAAAAAUACAGUAAGCAUCAACGAGCUGCUGAAAAGCUACAGUGCGGAUGAGUUCCGUAUGCUCUGCCUGUUGUCCCACUAUCGAAGCGUGAUCGAAUAUGGCACGGAAGCUAUGGCUACUGCGCGAAACGUGUUAAGAAAAUUUGAAAGUUUCUUCAGUGAUACCCAAGCUUACGUGGAUGGUCUUAAACCGGCACGAUACGAUCCGACUAGUACGGAAAGUUUGCUUACAAAACUCUCGGAAACAAGCACAGCUGUGAAGCAGUUUUUAAAAAAUGAUUUCAAUACUGCCAGUUCGGUGCUAGUGCUAGGUGAACUUGCUUCAACUGUGCAGAGGCUUAUCAACAGUCCUGAACAAGGCGAUUCAUCUCGCUCAUCGUUAAUAGGUGCGUCGAAUGUUGGUGCUGUUCUUGCCACAGCGGAGUACAUUCGGGAAGAACUAUCUUCAUACGGAUUAAUAUUCACCAACAAACAUUCAGCUUCAGACAGUCAAACUAAUGAGACGGAUCAUGCGUUAAAACACUUGAUCGAGGCGAUCGUAAGCACUAGAAGCGAGAUCCGGCUAAAAGCAAUUGACACCAAAGAUGCCCAGCUAUUCAAAGUGUGCGAUUUGCUUCGGGAUCGCUUAACGAUAGCAAACGUAGAGCUUAAAGACCAUGGCAAAACAUCGUCGUGGUAUUUCCGUGAAAAGGAUGCAAAAUAA